AUGCAGAAUGCUCAAUCCUGGCAGGCUGCAAAUGGCAUAUCUUCCGACUUGAAACGUGCCCUGUCGGCUCUCGCAGACAUACCAGAUUCUAUCUUGAAAGCAGAGCUUCUUCGACGAGAUGGAGCUUCAGAUGACACGCCGGCGUGUGGCUCCAAGCAGCGGGGUGCCUAUAACACUCCGUUACAUGUUAUGGCACUGUUCCUCAUCCUUAUUCUGAGUACAUUCGCAUGCUCAUUUCCGGUUCUUGCUCGCCGAUUCCCCCGUCUCCCGAUCCCCCGUCGGUUCCUAUUUAUAUCGAGGCACUUUGGAACUGGUGUUUUGAUUGCGACGGCAUUUGUACACCUUCUCCCCACAGCCUUUGUCUCCUUGACCGACCCAUGUCUUCCUAAAUUCUGGAGUCAGUCAUAUCGCGCUAUGGCGGGCUUCGUUGCAAUGAUCUCCGUCUUUGCUGUUGUUCUUGUGGAAAUGUUCUUUGCUAUGAAAGGCGCAAAACAUGUGCACGGGAGUGAGUACGAUAACCUCAUUGGAGAGGUUGGCCGCGACUCUCUGAGUGAUUUCGGCGAUGCAGACAGAGACUACCCGGGGUUAGAAGCCCGGCGGGCAUCGGACAACAUUAACCUAGAUAGUAUGCAUUACAACCCCAAAUCAGGGACGGCUAGAGCUUCCGGCUCGUCGCAUGAAUCUGACCAACUCAAUGUGGCGGAUACAUCCGCAGGCAAAGGGGAUGAUCUUUCUGUCCUUGAUGGUCUUGAUGCCUACACGGAUGAUGACCAGCAGCCAAUCCAUAGACAAGCAGCUCAAUCUCAACCUCUCCGCCAUCGGCCACAUACAAGCGAGAGUCAUCGACAGCAAACUGACAUGGAAGUCCUAAUUCAGAACCCGCAACGCCAACUUCUUCAGUGUCUCCUUCUGGAGGCUGGCAUUUUGUUCCACAGCAUUUUCAUUGGCAUGGCGCUCAGCGUUGCAACUGGCACGUCGUUUGUAGUGCUUUUGAUCGCCAUCAGCUUCCAUCAGACCUUCGAAGGCUUUGCUCUCGGAUCUCGGAUUGCGUCGCUCAUCCCAGAUCUCUUCGCCCCGAAUUCCAUGAAACCGUGGCUGAUGUCACUUGCCUAUGGAACGACCACCCCAGUUGGCCAAGCCAUUGGCUUGGUUUUGCAUAAUCUCUACGACCCCGCAAGUACGACUGGCCUGCUGAUGGUUGGUAUUACCAAUGCCAUCAGCAGCGGUCUUUUGCUCUUUGCGGGCUUGGUAGAACUCCUAGCGGAGGACUUCCUCAGCGAGUCAAGUUAUGAGACUCUCAAGGGUAGACGACGUGUCGAGGCAUGUGUAUCUGUUGCUUGUGGUGCCCUUCUCAUGGCCUUUGUUGGCGCCUUUGCUUAA